AUGUCAUGGAAUGAGGAUGUGGCGUACGCUUUUACCCCCUACAAAGUCUUAACUCUGCCACUAGGUAUUUGGCCUUUGCAAGAAUAUAAUACAUUUGCUUUAGUCCGUUGGAUAGUGUGCGGCAUCUGUUUGAGUGCAUCGAUGAUCAUGUUGUUCCUUGAAAUCGUUUUCAGUAGCGACGAAGUAUAUGUAAAACUCGAUGCUCUUGUGUUUCUAUUUUGCAACAUUAUCUCUGUACUAAAGCUAUUAUUCUUCCGCUUAUAUGCCGACAAUCUGACUCGUAAUUUCUCUUCUGCUGUGAACGAUUAUUUCGCAAUCGACACCGAGGAGGAGCGCAUGAUCAUGCGGCGACAUGCUUACAUGGGAAAAAUGAUUUGUUUCAUUAUCGUAUCUUUCGGUUAUGUGGCUUCAUCAAUGUCCAUACUGACGCCUCUGUUAGCAAGCGUUGAAGACAUUCAACUUAAUGCGUCUAUCGAAAAUCAAGCAUCGAAAUUACCUCUGCCUUUAACAUGGACAUUAGGGGACUUUCAUAUGUCUACAAAUGUAUUCUUAUUGAUCUGUAUGGGGCAGUAUUUUCUAUUCGUGCUUAAUUGCAUUUGCGACUGUGGCGGUGAUUCACUUUACCUCGCAAUCGUUCUCCAUGUUUGCGGACAAAUAGAGCUUCUAAAAAUUGAGUUCGCUAACUAUGGCAUGAAAGACAAGAAUACAAGUGCAGAAUUUUCAAAACUAGCCUGCAGACAUUAUUAUCUAAUAAAGCAUGCGAAACUUCUGGGAGAUGUAACAAGUUUUCUUUGGCUGGUGUCAAUGCUGUGCUGUUAUCUCUUAAUUUGCCUGAUCGGUUUUGUACUUAUAUUAGCAUUCAAAACGAAUGACAUAGUAAUGAUAACUAAAUGUAUAACAGUGUUUAUCACUAUGCUGUUCCAAUGUUUCUUCUAUUGUUUCGUGGGUGAUUAUCUCAAGUGUCAAACGGAAGAAAUUGCUCAUUCGAUCUACAGUUGCAAUUGGCACUACUUGCCGAUGAAUUUAAUGACAAACAUUUUGUUUGCCAUUAUGCGGUCGCAACAACCUGUUCAGUUUCUAGCUGGGGGAAUUUUUGUUGUAAACAUUAAGACUUACAUGGCCUUAAUAAAAAGUUCCCUUUCGUAUUUUUCCGUCUUACGAGUAAUGGUAGAUGAGGAUUAAACGUUGGACGUGAAUAAUUACGGAAAAGCAUUAUGCAGAAAAGAAAAUUAAUACACCGUAAGCA